GCCUAGUUCCCUUCCUCCUUCCCUGGGAGGCUGGACCCCUCCCGCGCGGCUCCUCCCCCGGCUCCCCGCCUCUCCAGUCGGCUCCCUCACGCCCCAGCCGCAGUGCCCGCCACCGCCUAAGAGCACCAAGCUUUCAGGCUGCCGCGGCCACAGCAACACCAAACUUUCCCCGGAGCCGGCAACGGGAGUGAGUCAUAGCUGGAGGUUGCACUUGUGCCAAUGACCCUUCCCAAUUCCUCCAGUGUCACAGAAGACAAGAUGUGUGAAAGCAACAAGACCAUCAAUGCCAGCCCCCAACUGAUGCUGGUGGUGGUCCUGAGCAUCAUCUCCUUGGUCACUGUGGGGCUCAACCUGCUGGUCCUGUACGCUGUGCGGAGGGAGCGGAAGUUACACACUGUGGGGAACCUGUACAUCAUUAGCCUCUCAGUGGCAGACCUGAUUGUGGGAGCUGUUGUCAUGCCCAUUAACAUCCUCUACCUCUCCAUGCCUGAGUUGCCCCUGGUCUUGCCACUCUGCCGCUUUUGGCUUUCCAUGGACUAUGUGGCCAGCACAGCAUCCAUUUUCAGUGUCUUCAUCUUGUGCAUUGAUCGCUACCGCUCUGUCCAGCAGCCCCUCAAAUACCUGAGGUAUCGCACCAAGACCCGAGCAUUGGCCACCAUCUUGGGGGCCUGGUUUCUCUCCUUCCUCUGGGUCAUUCCCAUUCUGGGCUGGCAUUACUUCAUGCCACAGAUGUCAAAGCACCAGAAGGGCAAGUGUGAGACAGACUUCUACGAUGUCACCUGGUUCAAGAUCAUGACUGCCAUCAUCAACUUCUAUCUGCCCACCUUGCUCAUGCUUUGGUUCUACGCCAAAAUCUACAAGGCUGUACAGAGGCACUGUCAGCACCGGGAACUUAUCAAUGGGUCCCUGCCUUCAUUCUCUGAAAUUAAGUUGAAACCAGAGAACCCCAACGUGGGGGUCAAGAAACCAGGGAAGAAGUCUCCCUGGGAGGUUCUGAAAAGGAAACCAAAAGUUGAUGGUGGUGGACCUGUUUUGAAGCCACCAUCUGAAGACCUAAAGGAGAUGAAAUCUCCAGGUGUCUGCAGCCAAAAGGAGGAUGAGGAAGUGGACCAACUCCAUUCUGUCCCACUUAAUAUUGUGCAAACACAGACUGAGGCAGAGGAGAAUGGCAACAGCUAUGUAGCCAUCAACCAGAGCCAGAGCCAGCUUGAGACGAGUGAGCAGGGCCUGACCAUGCAUGCAGCCACAGAGAUGUCAGAGGAUCAGAUACUAGGUGAUAGCCAGUCCUUCUCUCCUACAGACUCAGACACCCCCCCAGAGUCAGCAUCGGGGAAAGACAAAACAAGAAGUAGGCCUAGCAUAGGCCUCAAUUAUAUCAAGUUCACAUGGAAGAAGCUCCGCUCACAUUCGAGACAAUAUAUGUCUGGGCUGCAUGUGAACCGAGAACGGAAGGCUGCCAGACAAUUGGGUUUUAUCAUGGCAGCCUUUAUCCUUUGCUGGAUUCCUUACUUCAUUUUCUUCAUGGUCAUUGCCUUCUGCAAGAACUGUUGCAAUGAACAUGUGCACAUGUUCACCAUCUGGCUAGGAUACAUCAACUCCACACUGAAUCCUCUCAUUUACCCUUUGUGCAAUGAGAACUUCAAGAAGGCAUUCAAGAAAAUUCUGCACAUUCACUCCUAAGGGAGGCUACAGGGGGAUGCAACUAAGUGUCGCUUAGGAUGUCCCUGAAGAAAAUGGAGGGUGAAGGCUUAUGAGUUGCCAGGUACCUUGGCUUUCUGGAGUCAGAAUAGUCUUAGGGGCUGGGUCAUCUGGAAACUUCUUAGGCACCACUGGAAGAACUGCAGAGGGCAGUGGUCAGCAGAGAACGUACUCUGAGUACAAAGCAGAGCAUUUCUAAGAGAAUCGAAUCUGAAUGAGUGCCCCUGCUUCUCAGGAAAAGUGGGAGCCUCAGACUCUUAUUUUAAUUCAAGUUUUCAGAAUUAUAUUAACUGGCAAUUGAAGGGACACGUGGGUAGAGUUCCUCUGGAUAAUUAGACAGAACUCUAGAGCCUUCCUGGAAUGGAGCUAUAUGACUGUGCAGAGACCUCACAUGUGCAGAUAGAUGCUGACCCCUUCCAGGGGUCACCGUGAGAGGCAUAACAGCUAUUCCACUGUGAUGGCCACCUCUCAGAACACCUCUCUUCUGAGCCUCUUUAAUGGCUUUCUCCAGAACCGAUGUCUGAACCACCCUGGAAUUCUGCCUUAUUCUUACUUACAUAUGUCUCAGAGUUGAUAGGAAAUUAUGCAACUUGCACACUCAUUGUUUUCAACCCCAAAUUCCUUUUAGCUUUUAAAAAAAGAUGAUAAAAGCUGCCCUCAAAAGAAAGGGAAAAGAAGUUUUUAAUGGUUUCACAUUAAAACAUUAAAAAAAUGGAAUGGGAGAAGAAAGCCAUAUAUCCUGAGUGCUGUGCCAGGUUUAUCUAUUUAAGCCCCGUGACACCCCACAAGAGGGGGGUGGUAUAAAGAGAGAAGCAAACUGAGGUGCAGCAAGGUGAAAUAAAGUGCCCAAGAUCACAUAGCUAGUUAUGUGAAAGAGCCAGAAUGAAAACCCUGUGGGGUUCCAGCUCCUUGCACACAUUUUCCCCCCAAAAGCAAAAUUUUGUCCUAUUAAGUACACACACACACACACACAAUAUUCCUGCAAGUGGUGGCGAUUCUCAAAAGAAUAUAUUGUGAGCAGGAACAGCUGACAGAAUAUGUCUGCAGCCAUCGAAGGUGAUACUUCGGAGGGGUGGUGUAUUACUUAUGUGUGUUCUGCUGUGUUUGUCCAAAAGUGGUCAUGUUCUUUUAUAGUCACAUCUCUCAAGUAAAAACUAGCAAAGGCAUGUAAACUGUUUACUAGAGUAAACAGUUUUACUCUAGUGCUUAUGUUGCAGUCUGGUGAUCAUUUAUAUUUUAAAAUUUGAUGCUAAAUUGUAAUAUAUGUAGCAAAUGGAGUGCCCAUACAAGCUGGUAUUUUGUGUUCUUGUGUUAUGUCUUGUGUUCUUGUUUGCAUGAUCUGUUAAAAUGAGAGAUGUUUUUACCUACCUAAAAUAUGAUAUUUAAGACUAUACUGUUUUACUUAUUUAAUAUCACCAUUCUGAGUCUCUUGGACAGAGAUGUAUUGAAAGUAUUAUCAAAUGUUACAAGAACUGAUAUAGGGUUUCUCUUUGGGUUUUGAUCACAUUUGUAAAUGUCUCUAGAAAAGGACUUACUUUUUAUAACUAGCUUCAUCUCACUCUGCUUUGCAUCCCCAAAAGCUCUUCUUGUUCAAAACUGUGGGAGCUAAGUCAACUUUAAUUCUGGUUUUAGAAGCUGCAGCUGUCUUUUUCCAGGUCAGAAGCUGUCUCUCAGAAGGCCUGUGAAAACAUUCCUCCCUGGGAUCCCUUAGGACCAAGGAAUACCUAAAAAAGAUCACUCUACACAGACAAAUGGCCAAGUGCUCAUCAUUUAUGUUGAUGAACAGUUAAGGAAGCCAGUGAAGAGAAGUUGUUAUGAGCUCCAAUUUUGGUUCAAAGACACCUGGGUUUGAGUUUGACAACAACAAGAAACAAUCAAUAUAAAUUGUCAGAGCAUAAAGAACCAGGUCCAUGCAUUACUGUAUACAGUGUUUACAAUACUUGUACUGUGGCUGGUACACAGAGAGGACUCAUGUGGUUUUCAUACAAGUGAGCAUAUGCUUUGUGCCAGACUUUGUAUUUUACCAUUGUUACCUGAUUUAACCUUUAUACCAAUCUCCAUAUUUUCACAAAUAGACAAACUGAAGCACAGAGGCGUUAAGGACCAGCUGUAAGAUCUGAUUCUGGAAUGUGCUUCCUUGCCACAGUAUCAACCUUCUAUUCCAACUCCUAUCUGAAUGAUUGAAUUAAUUUUUAAUGUAUGAAAGGACUAAAUUUAUAAGAGAUAACUCAGUCCCAGUCCAUUCAGCAAAUAAUCAGUGGCUGAUGGCCUGACCAAAAUCUGGUUGAAACCAACCUAAAUAUUAAAGUAAAUAUCUUCUAGGACAAGGCUGUUAUAGAGACCUUGAUUGUUGAUAAGAACAUGCAGAUUUAGAAGCUCUUUUGGGUUUCUUUUUACAGGCUUAAAGCUGGUCAGCUUAACGCCAUUUCCUCAUUUGGCCAGUUUGGCCAAAUUUACCACAGGCUGGUUCUUUAACUAUUUACAAGGUUUACAACAAUGCAUAUAGGAUGAGGCUUUUAAGAACACUUCUCUACAAUUGUUGAGAAGGUAUAGUAACUGAUUCUCAUUUUCUUUCACAGCCACAUAUUGAGGAAGGUUUAAUAUGCGUUGUCCCCAGCACACUGCUGCUGCAGGGGUAGACUGAGUUGUAGAGAGAGGAGAAAUAUAGGUGAUGAGACUAAGGGUAAGAGAAGGGGAAAAGAGGGGUAGAAAUUAGAAGAAACUAGAGCAGACGGGAAACAGAGGAUCAUAGAGGACAGACGAAGGGGAAGAGAUGGUGGACACUGAGGGAAAAGAGGUUGAGAUGGAUGUGCAGAAGGACAGAGAAGGGGAGAGAUUCAGGGGAAGAUAGAGAAGAUUAAGAGAGAUGGAAAUAGUUGGGGGGAGUCAAAGGGAGAAACUGAGGAAUGGGAAGGGAGACACAAAAGAAAAAGUGGAGUGGGGGACAGAAAGAGUGUAAACCAGGUAGCAUAGCAUACACUCAAGAAAAAAAAUCUACAGGUGCGCGAAAGGCAGCCACACAUUGAUGUUUCUCUCCCUGUCUUUCUCCUUCCCUUCCCCUCUAUCUAAAAAUAAAUAAGUAAAAUAUUUAGAAAAAAGAAAAAUCUACAUUCAAGAACAUAUUCUUUAUGAAUGUAUUCAUAAGUUAAAUUUAUUCAAAGGAAGACAACUAUUUUUAGCUUUUGAUAACAGAAAAUUCCUUCAACUGCUUCUCUGAAGACACAUGAAAACCAGUCAACUACAACAGCACAUAAAUCUUUAAAAGCUUGGGAAGCCAAUCCAUCCAAUAGAAAUUGCUAUAAACCUUAGAAGUUGGUAGCAUUAGCAAAGUGUGUGUUCAGAAAAUCCAUGAGUCUGCAAAUUGGCUACUUGGCUUGCAGAAAAUUGCUGGUCUCUUUUUUGAAGGAAGUAGAUUUAAUAGUCACAACAAAGGGUGAAAAGAUUCUGGGGCUCUCCUGGCUACAAUACACUCUAAGCUCUAUAAAGAAAAAAAAAACACUGUUAAGAUCUAACUCGUCAACAAGUCAUUCCACAAUGUCUCUGGAUUUCAAAACCUAAGUUGUAUGGCAUAUGGUUCCUAUCUGUGGGGAUUAUGUACUCUCCUCAACUGAACUAUAAUAUAAGAAUGAAAGUAGA